AAUUUACUUGAAUAUGAAAUUAAGUGUCUGGAUGUUAAAACUUAAAAUAUGGAAGCGAUCUUAAAACAUAAUUUUAGUGUAACAACCGUAAUAAUUACAGUAUUGUCUGCGGCCGUUGUAUAUACUGUUUUAAAGUAUAAACAGAGGAUUAGAAAAGCUUCGGAGGCUUUCCAUUAUAUGAAUGUUUCAAUAGUUACUAAUGAAGAGGCAUGCAAUAGCGCGGUAACUAUAAUUAGAAGGAAGUGUUUGUAUCAUAAUGCCAUAGGAUUUGACUGUGAAUGGGUGACUGUGGGUCGCAAGAGACAGCCCGUCGCACUAUUGCAGCUGUCUACCCUUGAUGGCUUUUGUGGUCUGUUCCGGUUAAAUCAAAUGAAAACUGUCCCUAGCUCAUUAAAAGCAUUACUUGAAGAUAACACCAUCUACAAAGUAGGUGUUUCUCCUUCUGAUGACGCAAAAUAUCUGUUCCACGACUGGGGGGCUAAACUAAAGAGCUCUCUCGACGUGCGCCACCUGGCUCGCGCCUGCGGGCACAGGGCCGGCGGUCUAGCGAGCCUCUCUGAAGCACUGUUGCAAGUCACUCUAGAUAAACACUGGAAGAUACGUUGCAGUGAUUGGGAGGCUGAGCAGUUGACAGACAGACAAAUAGUUUAUGCAGCGGCUGAUGCACAUGUGGCUAUCAAAAUAUUUGCGAAACUAAUACGUGAAUAUACUUGCAGGGCACGCGGCUCUUACUGGCUUACUGGAAAGACGAACAAACAUUCACAACAAGCUGUUAAUGAUUUAUGUCGGGAUAUUGCAGAUGUUGCUUUUAAAACAAAGCAUGAUAGUAAUCAGAAAACAAAUGGGAAAAAGGAUAAGAUCGUUAAGAAAGAAGAUAUAGUAUUGAACAAGAGGUACCCGUACGCGACGCGCACCAGGCCGCUGUACAACAACUGCUACCUACAGGCGCCCGAUGGGGAGCUGCUCUGCACUUGUGACAAAAAGAAAGCCCUCUGGUACGUGGAGAAGGAGUUGGCCGCGGUGGUGAGCGAGGCGCCGCUCACGGUCCGGCUGCGAUUCGAGCCGGCCGGCCGCUCCGUGGGCGCCGUGGGCCGCUACUACUGCCUCGCCAAGGAGAACAAGUGCGUCGUGUGCGGCAGCACCGACUCCUACAUUAGAAAAAAUGUCGUACCUAGAGAGUACCGAAAGUAUUUUCCCGAGGUGAUGAAGGACCACUCGUCGCACGACGUGGUGCUGCUGUGCGUACGCUGCCACCAGCUCUCCAACACGCUGGAUCUGCGCAUGCGCGAGAUGCUGGCGCGCAAGUGUCACGCGCCGCUCGCUAACGGCAAGGCUGUGUCCAGCUACGACUUCAAUACCAAGAAAAUACGUUCGGCGGCGCGUGCCCUGCUGCAGCAGGCCCAGUCGCUGGCGGAGGCGCGGCGGCGCGCGCUCGAGGCGGUGCUGCUGCGGCACUACCCGCGCUGCGGGGAGCUUACGACGGAACUGCUGGAGGAGGCUGCCGCCAGCGGCCCGAAAGCCGCCAUUAAAACGGAAGAAGAGAGCCACGGCAUGAGAGUAGUAGAGUAUCACCUGAAACACGAGGGUCUUCUGCGAUUAGAGCAGUACUGGCGAGAACAUUUCCUCACUACGAUGGAACCACAAUUCAUGCCCGAGUUAUGGUCUAUCAAACACAAUGAAGAAAGACUCCGUGUGAAACUGGACGAAGGACGUUUAUCUCAAAAAGAUUUGCAAUCAAUUGGACUCACGCCGUGGACGUAGUACAAGUUAAACUCACCUAA